GAAUAUCAUGAUAUGAUCAACACCGCUAAACAUGUGGGCCGGACUGUACGGUACUACAAGUAUCAUCCGACAGCCACUAACACUGCUGCAAGCGGGCCGCCUGCCUGACUCGCAAUCCAGCAGUACUACACGUGAAAUACUUCAUCCAGUGACAAACUCGUAGUAAGUCAGAAGGUGUUAAUCCUACUCCGAUUCGAGCCUCCUUAGACAGCGCUUUAUAGACGAACUGGGAAGAUAUAUAAUAAAGAGCGUCGAGGCCUUGAACUCGAAAUCCUCGGCCCAACUAGUGACUCAUUAUUGAAUUGUUCCGCGGUAAACAGAGACGCUACUUAUGUAAUGCCUUUUCUGCGUGUGGAUUCUGUGGAAAGUUGCUUGCCACCAUCUGCAACGACCAGGCUAAUUCUUAUACUCCUGUCGGGACUCAUAACAUCUCUUUCGUCAGAGAGACCUUCUAUCGAUAUUUAUAUUUUGUUCCUUGGUCAAACCGACAACAAGUGUGGCCAUCUACAUGGUCACCAUAGGCUGAUCAGCUGCUUGCACAUGGGUCGGUACCACACAUCGAAGAUACUCAUGAAAAGCCCCAAGAGUUUUUUUGACGGCACACAAGAUGGUGUCGAUACACGGAUGAACCCUCACUAUAGUAUUUGUUCCUCUGCACAACGUCAAUGCGCCUCCUUGCUAUUGCGGGAUCAUCUGUAAGCACGUUAGCUUACUAGAGUUCCCAUAAUCUACAUAAAUACGCGAUACUGAAACGCAAGCUUUCAGUUUCACUGCCUUUUGGGAUAACAGUUAAGCGGACGACAGUCUUGACUUGGUUACAGAUACCAAGGCAGUUGUAUCCUGAUAAGCAGCUUCAAUCGCUUGUGGUGGACCGCUUCCGUCAGGGUAUCGUGCUUUUUCGGACGUCGUCAUUAAUUGUUGAUGCUUUAGAUAGCGGCAACCUUUACUUGUGUACGACCUUUCGAUGAUAUAUUUCCAUCCACAAUAUCGUUCGCACAACAUCGCAUUGCUUCACCUAUCC